AUGCCUUCUCAAAGGGACAAUCGUCCUAUCAAGAUCAUGGUCAUCAAUCCGAAUGUAUCUACGGAGAUGACAGACGCCUUGAAGCCCAUCAUGGACAGCCUCAACUUCACCGACGUCGAGUGGCACUUUUACACCUCUCCUUGUGAUUCUAACGGCCGGGAAGCCCCCAUCGAUAGCAUUAACAACUCCGUGGACUCGGCCAAGACUGCAUGGGUCUGCCGAAAUACGACCCAAUAUAUCCCGGACUUUGACGCAUUUCUCGUCGCUUGCUACUCUGCCCACCCUCUCGUAGGGAUCCUACGCCAAGCAAUCGCGGAAUACGAAUCCAAACACGACAGCCACCGCCACCGUUAUGUGACUGGCAUUUUCGAAGCCAGUGUCACCACAUCACUCUCCUUGAUCAGCGCAUUCAAGCUCACUCCUGUUAUGUACGCCCGUGACCAAGUUGAAGAUUCCUUUGGCAUUGUAACCACUGGCAGUGGAUGGAAGCAAGAACUCACCAACGCGGUCACUGAGAUGCUCGUCGGGAAGGACCGAGAAACCCCUGCUUGCUUCGCAGGAGUUGAGACAACUGGCCUGUCUGCUCUCGAGUUGCACCACACUGAUCCCGACGAGGUCAGGCGUCGGAUCUCGGAGGCUACAGCCAGACUGCUGCAGAACUCGAGUACAUUCGUUGCAGCGGUUUGCCUGGGCUGUGCGGGCAUGGUGGGGAUGGAGGAAGCAGUGAGAGAAGGGUGCAUCAAAGCCUACGGCAAGCAAGAAGGCCCUCGAGUCCGAAUUGUGGAUGGAGUCAUUGCGGGAGCUCGCCAACUAGCCGACCAUUCCCAAAAAGUUCCCCGCGUCAACGCGAUACGCGUGAACUUCACUUCCCCUCAACGGCGCAAACUUGGACCACGAUGCCUAGGUUGGUACUUCGAGCUCAAAUAUACGAGUGGAAUCUUCUACAAUAUUAUAUGCACUGAUACCAAUGCUCUUUGCAGGGAAAUCAUCACGAUCCAAGCUGGCCAAUGCGGCAACAACGGUAUGUUGCUCUCUUCCGCGGACUUUGACCGCAACGAACCCAACACCGCAAUCGCCCGAAUGCCCGACUUCAAAUCCGGCGAGAUGGAUGUCGGUAGUCAAUUCUGGCAACAGCUGUGCCUGGAGCAUGGCAUCAGCCAAGAUGGAAACCUGGAGGACUUUGCAACCGAGGGGGGCGAUCGGAAGGAUGUUUUUUUCUACCAGGUCCUCCACGCCAUUCAAUCCGGUCCCUAUCGCAACAUCUACAAUCCCGAGAACUUCUUUAUUGGACAAAAUGGUGUCGGCGCUGGAAACAACUGGGGUGCUGGAUAUGCAGCUGGAGAAGGGGUCCAAGAAGAGAUCUUUGAUAUGAUCGACCGAGAAGCAGAUGGCAGUGAUUCACUAGAGGGCUUCAUGCUAUUACAUUCGAUUGCUGGUGGUACAGGCUCUGGAUUGGGCAGUUACCUCUUGGAACGAAUGAAUGAUCGUUUCCCUAAGAAGCUGAUCCAGACAUACUCCGUCUUCCCGGACAUGCAAACAACAGAUGUCGUCGUCAACCCUUACAACAGUUUGCUUUCUAUGCGACGAUUGACGCAAGAUGCGGAUUCUGUGGUUGUACUGGACAAUGGUGCUCUCUCGCGCAUUGUCGCCGACCGCCUCCAUAUGAGACCAGGCUCCUUCGACGACAAGACUAAUUUCGACCAGACUAACCAGCUGGUAUCAACGGUAAUGUCGGCAUCCACAGCUACACUCCGUUACCCAGGCUACAUGCACAACGACCUCGCCGGAAUCAUUGCCUCGCUCAUUCCCACGCCGAGGUGCCACUUCUUGCUCACCUCCUACACUCCCUUCACCGGCGACAGCAUCGAACAAGCCAAGACCGUGCGCAAAACCACCGUCCUAGACGUGAUGCGCCGCCUCCUUCAGCCGAAGAACCGCAUGGUCUCCAUGACUCCCAGCAAAUCCAGUUGCUACAUUAGUAUCCUCAACAUGAUCCAAGGCGAGGCCGACCCUACCGACGUGCACAAAUCGCUACUGCGUAUCCGCGAGCGCCGUCUCGCCUCGUUCAUCCCCUGGGGCCCGGCCAGUAUCCAGGUUGCCCUGACGAAUAAAUCGCCGUACCUGCAGCAUUCGCACCGGGUCAGCGGUCUCAUGCUGGCUAACCACACGUCCGUGGCGACCUUGUUCAAGCGCAUAAUUCAACAAUACGAUCGGCUGCGCAAGCGUAAUGCCUUCUUGGAGCCGUACAAGAAGGAAGCGCCGUUCGCUGGCGGAGACUUAAGUGAGUUUGACGAGGCAAGGGCGGUAGUGAUGGAUCUAGUGGCCGAAUAUGAGGCCGCCGAGCGCGAGGAUUACCUGGAUCCAGGUGCAGGUGCAGCAGCAGAGCAGGAGACCGGGGUUUGA